UGAAAAGAGGCGGGGUUAUUUUGGAGAAUUUGUGAGAAAAACACCUCAAAACUCUUCAUAUGGGACGGAAAUGAAAUAGGAAAGCUCGUAUUUGUCAUCGAAAUCGACAUAAGAGGGGGAAGAGCAUAGAGCCAAGGAGCCAGCCCAGCCUCUGACCGUCGUGGUGACAGCCACAUACUGAAGGACUAAACUUUUUGGGAGUCUCCUCAUCCGACCUUGCUGACUCGUUGGUUAUUGUUGGUUUGGAGGGAAUGCACAUAUCCUCCGUUUGCUCUGUAACUGAUUUUGAGGACACAUUAAGGAAAGGAUCCAAACGAAUGGGAAUGCGGCAGCGCCAAACUCUCACAAUGCGGGCAGAGUGAAGGGGCAGAACACAAUACCAUUCCACGGGCUGUGGGGGUUACUCGCUACAAUAUUUCAGUGGGAUAUUCUUCCAGACGAAAUAUCAUAGUUACUCUUUUUUUCCCUGAUUACUUCUUUAACCCAGUAUUGCGAAGUCUAGUGUUUUUGAGUAGAAGAACCAGCCAUGACGUCUCCGGCCAAAUUCCGAAAGGACAAGGAGAUCGUAGCCGAAUAUGAAACUCAAGUUAAAGAGAUCCGUGCCCAGCUGGUGGAGCAGUUCAAGUGUCUGGACCAGCAGUGUGAGCUGAGAGUGCAGCUGCUGCAGGACCUGCAGGACUUCUUCAGGAAGAAGGCGGAGGUCGAGAUGGACUACAGUCGUAACCUGGAGAAACUGUCUGAGAGGUUCCUUACGAAGACACGUAGCACCAAGGACCACCAGCUCAAGAAGGAGCAGAGUGUACUGUCUCCAGUUAACUGUUGGAACCUGUUGUUGAGUCAGGUGAAGAGGGAGAGCCGAGACCACGCUACCCUGUCUGACCUCUACCUCAAUAACAUCAUACCACGCUUCGCCCAGGUUAGCGAGGACUCCGGACGACUCUUCAAAAAGAGUAAGGAGGUUGGUGUCCAGCUUCAGGAGGAUCUGAUGAAGGUUCUGAAUGAGCUCUACGCGGUGAUGAAGACAUACCACAUGUACAACACAGACAGUAUCAACUCUGAGAACAAACUGAAGGAUGCAGAGAAACAGGAGGAGAAGCAGAUGGGGCGCUCUGGUCGCCAGGACGACAGACAGACUCCCAGGUCACCUGACACACUGGCCAGCAUCAAGACGGAGGAGAAACAUGUCCGACGCUCCUCAGUCAAGAAGAUAGAGAAGAUGAAGGAGAAGAGGCAGGCUAAGUACACAGAGAACAAGCUUAAAGCAAUCAAGGCAAGGAAUGAAUACCUGCUGGCUCUGGAGGCUACGAACAGCUGUGUCUUCAAAUACUACAUCCACGACUUGUCUGAUAUCAUCGACUGCUGUGACCUGGGCUACCAUGCCAGUCUCCACCGUGCAUUGCGGACCUACCUGUCAGCGGAGAUGAACGUGGAGGCGUCUAAACACAGCGGCCUGGAGGGCCUGGAGGGGGCAGCAGAGAGCCUGGAGCCCAACGGGGACAAGCAGAGACUGAUGGAAACCUACAACAACGUCUUCUGUCCCCCCAUGCGCUUCGACUUCCAGUCACACAUGGGAGACACGAUGGGGUUAGUAUGUGCCCAGCAGCCGUUAGAAGGGGAGUUACUCCAGAGGUGUCAGCAGCUGCAGUCCCGUCUCUCCACCCUCAAGAUUGAGAAUGAGGAGGUGAAGAAGACUAUGGAGGCCACUCUGUCGACCAUCCAGGACAUGGUGACCGUGGAGGACUAUGAGGUCAGCGAGUGUUUCCACCACAGCAACUCCAUGGAGUCGGUCAAGUCCACCAUGAGCCAAUCAUUCCUCAGCAAACCCAGCCUGGCCAAGAGACGGGCCAAUCAACAGGAAACGGAGCAGUUCUACUUCACUAAACUGAAGGAGUUUCUGGAGGGCCGGAACUUGAUCACCAAACUGGAGGCCAAACAUGACUUGAUCCAGAAGACCCUGGGAGAGAGUCAGAAGACUGAUUGUUGUCUUGCCAGUGACAGGAGGAACUCUGCACUACGGAAUCAGCAGGCUGGCCAUGUCAUCCCUCUGAUGGUGGAGAGCUGUAUCCGCUUCAUCAGUCGCCAUGGUCUGCACCAUGAGGGCAUCUUCAGAGUGUCUGGCUCUCAGGUGGAGGUCAAUGACAUCAAGAACGCCUUUGAGAGAGGUGAGGACCCAUUGGCAGGAGAUCAGAAUGAUCAUGACAUGGACUCCAUCGCUGGUGUUCUAAAGCUCUACUUCAGAGGACUGGACCACGCCCUCUUCCCCAAGGAAGUCUUCCAUGACAUCAUAUCCUGUGUCUCAAUGGAGAACCUGCAGGAGAGGGCUGUCCACAUCAGGAAGGUUCUGCUGACUCUGCCCAGCAACACUCUCAUCAUCAUGAGAUACCUGUUCGCCUUCCUCAACCACCUGUCCCAGUACAGUGAGGACAACAUGAUGGAUCCCUAUAACCUGGCCAUCUGUUUUGGUCCCACUCUGAUGUCAGUCCCAGAGAGCUGUGACCAGGUGUCCUGCCAGGCCCACGUUAACGAGCUCAUCAAGACCAUCAUUAUCCUCCAUGACGGGGUUUUCCCCGGACCAGGGGACCUGCAGGGGCCCGUCUACACCUGCCCAGGGGCCACCGACGAGUACUGUGAGCCCCCCCUAGUGGAUGAACCUGCUCCUGACACCAUCUCUGUCAUCCACAACAGCGAUGAUGGCUUGUUGGUCGUUUCAGAAUCUGACCCAAUAGUGGCCAUUGCUCGCUUCGACUACUCUGGACGGACCAACCGGGAGCUGUCGUUUAAUAAGGGCGCGUCUCUCCUCCUUUUCCAGCGAGUCAGUGAUGACUGGUGGGAGGGCCAACACAACGGAGUGGACGGACUAGUGCCUCACCAGUACAUAGUGGUUCAGGACAUGCAGGAUGGGGGCAGAGGCAGUCCUAAGACUGAGGCGGAGUUGCAGGAGGAGAGAGUGUCCACUAGGGGCAUCGCUGCCUCUCCCACUGGAGCUCAUGUGGCUGACGUCUACCUGGCCAACCUCAACAAGAUGAGGAAGAAGCCGGAGUUGGGGAGUAUCCGUAGAACCUUCCGGGUGUCUGAGGGAGGACAGGGGGGUGACGUACCCCCAACGGGGGCGACUGGUGGGGGUGUGAGGACGGCCAGUCUGCCUGUGGGAGGGGCUCUGGUGAAAGAGGGCGGUGACAAACGACCAGUCAGCGCCCACAGUGUCCUCAACUCCUCCAUUACACGCCACUCCUCUCUCAAGACCAAGGUGGAAAGCCCUCAGUUCCGCAAAGCGACCACAGCGGGGCGCUCUAAGAGCUUCAGCAACCACAGACCUCUGGACCCUGAGGUCAUCACUCAGCUGGAGCCCACCUCACAGGAUAUCGAGGCGGCUAUGAGAGAGCUGGAGAGGCAGAGCAGUGUCCAGCACACACACACCCCCGACGUGGUGCUGGACACUCUGGAGCAGCUGAAGGGUGUGUGUGGUGGAGGAGGAGGGGGUGCAUCAGAGCCCUCCAGUCCCCUCCACUCUCGUCUGCUGAGGGACAGCGACGGCGCAGGAUCUCCACACUCACACCCUCUCCAACGCAGCGCUUCGUCCGCUAGCGACGUCCCCUCCUCCUUCCGCCCUUCCUAUCCCAGGAGCACCCUGCCCUCCUCUCUCGCCUCCUCAGCCCUCUCUUUCUCCACUCCCUCCUUCCGAGAGCCUCGUCCUCCAGCCACGCGGCCCAAGCCGGUGGUCUUCCCCAAGGGAGGAGGAAGCAGCAGUCCGGCUAUGGGGUCCCCAACCUCCACUGUCCCCCCUCCUCCCCCACCCCCACCCCAGCCCAACGACAAGUCCUGCCCCGCCUGAGGAGUGACAUCACACACGCUCCACUUCCAUACACAAACCAUUGCCCCAUCUCCCCUCACCCAAUGACAAGUGGGAUAGCUCUCACCUAGGAUCAGCUUACCCUCCCAAACAAAGCAUUAUGGGAGUUAGACUGUAUAAAGCCUCCAUGACUCAAACAAGGGAUCAAACGAACAUACAGCAUGACAAUAAAGAGACAUGGAACCUGUGCUGUAUAUACUGGUGUGAGGUGUGUGUGUGAGAGCGUGUGUGCGUGUGUGCGUGUGUGCGUGUGUGUGUGUGUGUGUGUGUGUGUGUGUGUGUGUGUGUGUGUGUGUGUGUGUGUGUGUGUGUGUGUGUGUGUGUGUGUGUGUGUGUGAGCGUGCCUGUGUGAGGUGUGUGAGAGCGUGCCUGUGCGAGUGUGCAUGUGUGUAUGUGUGUGAGGUGUGUGUGUGAGCGUGCCUGUGUGAGGUGUGUGUGAGCGUGUGAGGUGUGUGUGUGAGCGUGCCUGUGUGAGGUGAGUGUGCCUGUGUGAGGUGUGUGUGUGAGCGUGCCUGUGUGAGGUGUGUGUGAGCGUGUGUGUGUGAGCGUGCCUGUGUGAGGUGUGUGUGUGUGUGUGUGUGUGUGUGUGUGUGUGUGUGUGUGUGUGUGUGUGCGUGCGUGCGUGCGUGCGUGCGUGCGUGCGUGCGUGUGUGUGUGAGGUGUGUGUGUGUGUGAGGUGAGUGUGUGUGUGUGUGUGAGGUGUGUGUGAAUGAGUGUGCCUGUGUGAGGUGCGUGUGAGCCAUCCUGGACAGAAAGAGACAGAGAUGGACAGACAGAUGGAUGGAUGGAGAGAGCAGUGGAAUGCCUCUUUCUACAUGAAGAGAAGAGGACCAGGCUAUGUCUUUGAUCCUCCUGUGUGUAGGAAAGCUGAGUGUUGUGGUGACUCGUUCUAACAACAACGCUCACCAGUAUAGCUGCUAUACACCACGCUCUUUUCUACUGUAUUCUACUAGACUGUAUUCUACUAUACUAUUCAUCAGGGCUAUUCAAUUAGCACCCCUCAGGGGCCAAAGGAAUGCUGCUUUACUUUUCUAAGUGGAAGUUGUAAUGUAAUUGAUUGGCCAGAGAGCCCAAUCACCAAUGUCCCAGGUGUGUAUUGAUGGGGCCCUGCAGGACAAUAGUUAAAAGUCCUUCUCUACAUUCUGUAUUUACCCACAUAAUGCAACGCUUGUCUAGCUUUCCAACAGCACCUCCUGCUGGUGUUUAUGUGCACGACAUGGCUGUUCUCAAUAACCAACCUUUCUUUAGCAAUAAGAGUCUGACAGACUCAUCAGCUUAGCAGCAUGCCAGGCCUGCUGCUUCUCUCUCCCUUAGAUUCCCAGCAUUAAUAUACGCUCUGUUACAGAAGUGGAAUAGACACACACAUACACAUGUGUGUGACGUGUGUGUGUGUGACGUGGCAGCUAAAUGCCUUUCAGGUUCUCCUCGCAUGCUGGGGCCACAGCAGUCGCAGUGCUGACUGACUGCAUCUAUUUUCAAUACUACCAAACGCGCCUCUUACACCAGCUUCACACAAAUUAUUACUCCAGACAAAAUCAGCAAAAAGGGUAUUUUUACAUGUAUAGUUUAUUAACCAUGGUGAUAACUGGACAUGUGCAGAUGAGGAAUCUCAGUGAGGUGGAAGAGUUUGUUUAGAUACAAGCACAAACAAACCUCGUCAAGCGCAUUCAUAAACAUUACUUUAUGCUUAUUUUCUUCCACUUCUUAGUUUAUCCUCAGAAUAUGUAAUACUAAACUGUGUGUGUGUGUGUGUGUGUGUGUGUGUGUGUGUGUGUGUGUGUGUGUGUGUGUGUGUGUGUGUGUGUGUGUGUGUGUGUGUGUGUGUGUGUGUGUGUGUGUGUGUGUGUGUGUGUGUGUCAGUGACCCUUCACAACUCUCAGAAGUCAGCGUUAACCACUCAUCAUUAAGGGAACCAACUAAUGCCUGCUCUUUGGAGACAUGGGGACCAACAGGAUGGGACACAAAGACAGCAGAACCUGUGUCACCAGAGCCACUCUGCUACCAGUAUCACUGAUCACUAGGCUUAAUGUUUGUGUGACUGACUAGUUCUUAGUCCCAGCCGCUAAAGUCAGAGGACAACAGGAAAAGUGUCACACUGUCUCCUCUGUCGCUCCUCUUCCAAUAGCAUUGAUGUGUGUAAUGGCAGACCGGCAUUCGAUAACUGAUUGGAAAUGAUGAAAUGAUAUACAGGAACAGCCCUGAGGUCUGUUUUGUUGUGCUCGUCUUUAAGAGAACUUCUGCUGUGACUCCCUAACUGUCUGUUGCAUCAUGUGGUCAAUCUCCAACCGGUCCUGUCCUGUCUGUCACUGUGGUAGCAUUUUCUGAAGUCUGAACUGAUUCGUCAAGGGGAGGAGACAGAAUGUUUUGAUUGGUCAAGGUUAGUGGGAGGCGGCAGGAUGCUUUAGUUAUUGACAGCUUUAACACUGUCUGAGACCAGGAUAUUUAAUGUCAGGGCUUCGAGAUCCCUGAGGCUAGAAAAGCAGCAGACACCUCUCCCUAUCACCCUGCUCUCUCUGUACGUUUUUCCUCCUAGCAUUCUGCCUCUUCCCACAGACACACUAAUAUCCCUCCGUGUGGUUCCUUCCUUAUUCCUUCCUCCCCGCCAUGCAGGUAUAUACUUGUAUUAUUGCAUUCCCAAAUGAUCUGUAACAGGGGAUUUCAUUCUAAUUGUAAUGUUUUAUCUCUGUGUGUGUAUUUUAAGAUGUAUUUUACAUUGUGUUGCUCCCCUUACCUCAUCUUAGCAACUGGAGGGAUUGUGCGUGUGCGUGUGUGGGGUGGGGUGAAUAGGCAUUAACACACACGUCAUAUGAACAUACACUCAUGGGUGAUGCUUUGUGGUUGGUGUCUGUGUUAUCCUGGCUUUGUUGUAUAGGAGCUCGGAGCCUCAGUCUCCACAACAUAUUAUCAGUUGAGCUCAAAUCAAUCACCAUGCACUUAAAAUGACAUGGUGUGCUCCAGGACUGAUUGAGUGAGGAUGAUUUUAUUAUGAUUAACUAUUGUUAAAUAUGCAUUUCUUGUCCAUUUGAAAACAAAAUCUAAAAAACGACUGUAAUGUCAAAUAUAUGUAUAGUUGCCUCUGUAUUAUGGAGAAUCCUGUGUUAAGAUGUACUUUGUAUAUACAAUGUUGUACAUUACAGAGGUACACUCUUUUUCUGGUACAAUAUUGUACAGUAAUAGCAAUAGUAGUUUAAUCAAAUAGUCCUUAUAUAAUUAUAUGUGUAGUUCUUGUAGUAUACUUUUUUUUAAAUAAACAUUGCUUGCUAUAAA